AUACAGCCUCUCGGUCUUCCUGGUUCCGUGGAGUUGGAGUUCCUCUCUCUGCGUGUUUCUGGAGCUAACAAUGACUUCAUCUGAUCUGGAUGCAGGAGAACUUGGCUUUUUCCUCCGCAAAAUGUGACUGAGGUCGGAAGUGAGCGGCUGAUCCUGGAGCAGACCUUUGCGGACCUCUUCCUCCGCUCCAGCCCGUCAGUCAGUCUGUCCGACAUGGGAGCGAAACUUUGGGUGUUUUUCUCACUUUUUACGGGUUUUCUCUCUCUAAGGGAGGCCGCUGUGUCUCCGGCUGAAAGCAAACAGCAGCAGGAGUUCGAACCUCUGCGGUCCAUGUUGGACGACUUCGACGUCCUUCCUUUCUCCAGCCUGCAGGCUCACUCCAUCCGCCGGCGAGACGUCCAAACCGAGGCCCACGUGGAGAAGCGGCUGAGCUUCAAUGCGCUGCAGAGGGACUUCACGCUCUACCUGAGAACCAACAACGAGAUCUUUACAGAGGAUUUCACCGCCGUCGUCGAGGAGGCGGACGGCCGGAGGCGAAGCUACCCGGUCAACCGACACAACUACUUUACUGGACACGUCAUCGGGGAGGAAAACUCUCGUGUUCAGGCUCACAUAGACGACCAGGAGUUCUCAGCUCACAUCCUGACCGAUGAGGCCGAGUACAACAUCGAGCCUCUGUGGAGGUUCACGUCGGCGCCCCCCGAUGGCCGCCUCCUGAUCUACCGCUCAGAGGACAUCAGGAACAUCAGCAGGCUGCGGCAGCCGUCGGUCUGCGGAUACGUGGCGGCCGAGUCCUCUCACCUCCUGCCUGAAGGCGUCAGAGCAGCGAUGAAAAGCAACGAGGAGGAGGAAGAAGAGUCGUCGUUCAGAGGGAAACGCGAGAUACACGACCACAGGAAGAACACGUGUCCCAUGCUGCUGGUCGCCGACCAUCGCUUCUACAAACACAUGGGCCGCGGGGAGGAGAGCACCACCAUCAACUACCUGAUCGAGCUCAUCGACCGCGUGGAUGACAUCUACAGAAACACGUCGUGGGAUGACGAGUUCAGAGGCUACGGAGUUCAGAUCCAGCAGAUCAUCAUACAGAAGUUUCCCACCGAGGUUCGUCCCGGGGAAAGACACUUCAACAUGGAGGGGAGUCCGGUGAAGGGCAAAGACGUUUGGGACGUUAAAAAGCUGCUGGAGCAGUUCAGCGUGGACAUCGCUCAGAACGCCUCCAGCGUCUGCCUGGCCCACCUCUUCACCUACCAGGACUUCGAUGAGGGCACUCUGGGUCUGGCGUACGUGGCCCCAAACAAACCGGAGUUCGCCGGAGGUCUCUGCUCCAAAGCUUCUGAAACAGCAGCUAGCAAACAUGGAGCCAUCUACCUGAACACGGGCCUGACCAGCACCAAGAACUACGGGAAGACCAUCCUGACCAAGGAAGCGGACCUGGUGACGACUCACGAGCUGGGCCACAACUUCGGAGCAGAGCACGACCCGGAUAACGUGCCGUACUGCGCUCCGCGGGAGGACCAGGGCGGGAAGUACGUCAUGUACCCCAUCGCUGUGAGCGGAGACCACGUCAACAACAAGCUCUUCUCCAACUGCAGCAAGCAGUCCAUCGUGAAGCGCCUGCGCUCCAAAGCGCCGUCUUGCUUCAAGGAGAGGAACGUCAACGUGUGCGGGAACUCCCGGGUGGAGCAGGGCGAGCAGUGCGACCCAGGCCUGCUGCAUUUCAACUCGGACCCCUGCUGCACCGAGGAUUGCCGGCUGAGGGACGAGGCUCAGUGCAGCGACAGGAACAGCGCCUGCUGUAAGGGCUGCAGGUUCCAGGCCAGAGGCGAGGUCUGCCAGGAGCCCAUCGAGGCGACCUGUAAGGGCCACUCCUACUGCACAGGAAACGGCAGCGAGUGCCCCCCGCCAGAGAACGCUCCGGAUAAAACUGUGUGUUUGGAUAACGGAGAAUGCCGCGGCGGCGAGUGCGUUCCCUUCUGUCAGGUGGUUCUAAAGCUGGAGCCCUGCGCCUGCAACGAGACCAACUCGUCCUGUAAAGUCUGCUGCUGGGGCAAAAAUGGGAUCUGUAGCCCGUUUGUUGACACCAAAGGAGACCCUGUGUUUCUGCGGAAAGGCAAACCGUGCACGGUGGGAUUCUGCGACGGAGCGGGAAAGUGCAUGAAGCAGGUUCAGGAUGUGGUGGAACGUCUUUGGGACUUCAUCGAUAAACUGGACAUCAACACGUUCGGGAAGUUUCUGGCCGAUAACAUCGUGGGCUCGGUGGUGGCGUUCUCGCUCCUUUUCUGGGUUCCCUUCAGCAUCCUGGUCCACUGUGUGGACAAGAAGAUGGAUAGGCAAUAUGAACAGACCACCAAGUCUCUGUUCUUCUCCAGCAAUGCCGAGCUCUUGAGCAGCCUGGACUCUGCAUCUGUCCGCAUUUUCAAACCUCUAACCUUCCCCGCCACCAACGUGCGCCUCCCUCCCAUCAGCCCCCAGCAGACCAGCACCCCGCCGAUCUUCAGCGCCGGCCCCACCUCCAGCCACGCCUCCCCGCCUCUGGACGCCCCCCACAUGGCCACCAUCCUGGAGGACCCCAGCCUGGACUCCCACCUGGACGAGGGGGAGCUGCAGGAGGCGUUUGGCCGACCGGCCGGGGCGACGCGGCGUUCGUUCGAGGACCUGACGGAGCGAGACCCGGCGAGCCGCACGGACAGGCCCAAGAGGUUCCGACUCCAGAGGCAGCAUCAGAUCGACAGCAGGGAGACUCAGUGCUGAGGGACGCAGCCAGGGGGCGCUGCUCUACAUAUUUCAUCUCUGAACUCAGGUUACAGACUAAACUUGGGUUUUCUUUUACUCUAU